GUUGGUCAAUGCUGGUGAAUGAACGGUUAAUCCCCAAGCAAAAUCACGCUUGAUCGUCUUUCGUUCGCGCGCUAUCCCAUCCCAGCCUCCCACUCUUCCUCCUUCUUUUCCCCCUCCCAACUUUUGGUUUCCAACUUUUUUUUUAUUCAUCCACAUUAUUCUACACAUCAACGCGACCAUGCCUCGCGCCAAAUCUGUCAAGCCCGAAGUCGCGCCCAAGCCCGAGGUUGACCUCCAGCAAAUCACCAUCGAUAAAGCAGAGUUCGUUCGCACUCGUGACGCGCUCGUCACAUCAUGGAUCACUCUCCAAAACGCCCUCAAGAAUGCCACUAGCGCAUACAUUGACCACUCCAAUGCUGUCCUCGGCGGCAAUGUCGACCUCGACCCUAGCCAAAUGGACCUCGGCGCAUUCAUCCAAUCCGGCGAACUCGUCACUGUUGGUGGUGGCCCUCCCGCAGCACCAGAGAAGAAGCAGAGAAAGAAGGCCGAGCCUAGAGACCCCAACCAGCCCAAGCGCCCCUUGACAGCCUACCUGUUGUGGCUGGGCGAGAACCGUGAGAAGAUCCACACCGAGCUUGGUCCCGAGCAGAAGAGAGGCGAGAUCUCGUCAGAGGGUACCAAGAGAUGGCAUCAGCUUCCCGAGGAGGUCAAGCAAAAAUACAAAGACGCAUACCAGGCCUCGCGCGAAGUCUACAACAAGGAGCUUGCAGACUUCAAGGCCAACGGUGCACCAGUUGCUGCAGAAAGCCCCGAGGCAGACGAUGACGAUGUCGAAGCCGAUGAGCCCGCCGCAGCUGCUACCGCUGGCGCAGACUCGGACGACUCAGACGACGACAGCUCAGACGAGGAAGAGGCACCACCAAAGGAACCCACUCCUCCCCCAGUCAAGACUCCCAAGUCCGCCAUGAAGGGUGGUCGCAAGAAGGUCGAGAAGGCCGCUCCUCCAGCAUCAUCCCCUCCACUCCCAGCCUCCAGCCCCGUCAAGAAGGGCGCCUUCACCGCCGUCAACGGCGCCAACAAGCGCAAGAGCAAGGCCGAUGCCGAGACCGUCGCCGAAGAGCCCAAGAAGAAGCGCGGUCGCAAGGCUAAGGAGGAAGAGGCCGCCCCUCCCGCUUCCACCCCCGCCGAGCCCCCAGCCAGCGCAAAGAAGGACAAGAAGGAGAAGAAGAAGGGCCGCAAGAGCGUCGGUGGUGAUGCUUAGAUGGCUGAACCACCUUUGCCCGAAGCCACCAUCAACGCCUUCUGGAACGACGACACGCCUGCCGAGCAAAAGAUCAAGAAGAAGCACCGCAAGAGUCACGAUGGCAUAUUCAAGGCAGAAGCUUGAAGAUGAUGAAAACAAUGG